UGUCUCGCACUCCUCUCUCCCCUAGUCCCCUUUCUUGCCCAUUAAAGACACACACUUCUGUACAAAGCUCCACUUUCAUGGCUUCCUUAUUAGCUCCCUAAACACCCAUCUCGCUUAUUCAAUAACUUAUAAUUGCAUCAGAGCUCCACUCCAAUCCACAGGCUCCUCAUCUUCUUCUUUUUUCUUCCUAAAUUAAUGAUCUCAAAAGUGCUGCUUGUUCCUUUCUCUCUGUCACUGUCCCCCUAAUUAUCUCUCUCAGCAAUUUUGAGCCGGUGAUCCUGUCUAGUGAAUCACAGAAUCGACCUUGAAGAACUUUUUUUAAUUUAGAAAAUGCAUCGGUUAUUGGCUUCGGCUUUCCUCUGCUUCUCCCUCACACUGUUGGUUUCCUGCCGUACUGGUUUUGGGGAACCGAUAACGUGCUCGGGAAUAGUACCAAUGAGGACUAGAUGGGACCGUAUAUCAAUUACGGAUUUUGGGGGUGUCGGUGAUGGGAAGACUUUGAACACCAAGGCGUUUAGGGCAGCAAUAUACCGGAUUCAGCAUCUGAGGAGGAGAGGUGGAACGCUUCUUUACAUACCUCCGGGGGUGUUCUUAUCGGAGAGCUUUAACUUGACCAGUCACAUGACUCUCUACUUGGCUAGAGGUGCUGUUAUCAGAGCCUCUCAGGACACGCAAACUUGGCCUUUAAUUGCCCCUUUGCCAUCUUAUGGGAGGGGUAGGGAACGUCCAGGCGGAAGGUACAUGAGCUUUAUUCAUGGAGAUGGACUUCGUGAUGUGAUCAUUACUGGUGAGAAUGGGACAAUUGAUGGCCAAGGAGAUGUCUGGUGGAACAUGUGGAGGCAGAGAGCUCUCCAAUAUACAAGACCAAAUCUCAUUGAAUUCAAGAAUUCGAGGAGCAUAAUAAUUAGCAAUGUCAUUUUCCAAAAUUCUCCUUUUUGGAACAUUCACCCUGUUUACUGCAGCAAUGUUGUUAUCCGAUACGUAACCAUUUUGGCCCCAGCCGACUCUCCCAAUACUGAUGGAAUUGAUCCAGAUUCGAGCACCAAUGUCUGCAUAGAGGACUCUUAUAUUUCUACUGGAGAUGAUCUUGUAGCUGUGAAGAGUGGAUGGGACGAAUAUGGGAUUGCUUAUGGUCGCCCUAGCUCCAGCAUCACCAUCAGGCGGAUAACAGGUUCAUCCCCAUUUGCUGGAAUUGCAAUCGGAAGUGAAACUUCUGGCGGGGUACAGAAUGUCUUAGCUGAAAAUAUCAACCUUUACAACAUGGGAGUUGGCAUUCAUGUGAAGACAAACAUUGGUAGAGGAGGAUUCAUAAGAAACAUCACUUUUUCUAAUGUGUAUAUCGAAAAUGCAAGGAAGGGGAUCAAAAUUGCAGGUGAUGUCGGGGACCACCCCGACAACAACUUCAACCCAAAUGCCCUCCCCGUUGUGAAAGACAUUACACUGAAGGGUGUUUGGGGUGUGAAGGUUCAACAACCGGGUUUAAUACAAGGCUUGAAGGAUUCUCCUUUUACUGGGAUAUGCCUCUCUAACAUCCACCUUCAUGGUAUUUCGGGGUCCAAAUAUACUCUAUGGCAGUGUUCAGCUGUCAGUGGAGCUGCGUUCCAAGUAAGUCCAUGGCCAUGCGCAGAGUUAACGGCCACCUCUCAGGAGAGUACAUGUUCCCAAUUCUCAUAACUUCUGAGAUUCAUGUAUCUCGUGUAUGUUUCUGAUAUAUUAUUAGAGUUCGAGUUUUCAAUUUGUGCAAUCAGAACAGUGAACUUGUCCUUAAUCAGGGGCAAAUAAGUUCUUCCCCGGAAUUUGUAAUGAAAUAAUUCUAUAAGUUGAAUGAAAUGUCUUUUCUAGCUCUCA